AUGAAUCGGCUGAUGCAUUCAAAAUAUUAUUACACAUAUCUUCUUCAGAAUUGGGCGUCAAUGGUGAAUAACCAACAAUAUACAAUAUCGCACGUUAUGGUGGAUGGCGCUGCAGGUUUAACAAGCGCUAUGUUGGAAUUACCACUAGCUCGUCGUUUAAUGUGCUGGGCUCACGUGAUUCGCAAGUGCAGAGAACAUAGAAAAUUAGUGAAAAAUAAAAAUAAAUGGAUAUCUGUCGAACAAGAUAUUCUUGAUUUACAAUUAAUAUUUGAUGAUACGAUAUUCCGUAUAGCUACUCGUCUUAUGAUUGAAAAAUGGUCAUUGGAUAGUGAACUAAAUGAAUUUAAAUCAUAUUUUGAGUCUCAAUGGUUAUUGUCAUUGCCAUUCUUUUAUGAAGGAGCUACUAUGUUCACACCAUCAACAAACAAUGGUUUAGAAUCCUUGAAUGGGAAAAUAAAACAACAAUAUACAAUGAGACAUCGUUUGCCAUUGUCAGCAUUUUUACAAACUGCUGAAAGAAUGUUAAAAGAUUGGUCGUUCGAUAACGAGAAAACACCAUUUGCAUAUCAUAUUACAUAUAAAGAAGAUUUAGAAAAGGAAGCUUUCGCAUGGUCACAGAAAGUUGAUAAAUCGCAAAUAACUCCAAUUGAUUAUGGUAUGUGCGUUGUUCCUGCGAAAGAGCCAAAGAUGAAUGUUCAACAAUGGAUUGUGAUGUUCAAUCAAAUGAAUUGGACAACGUAUGAUGAUCUGAAGGACUGGCUAAGAUCAGCACGAUUAUUAAAUUGUACACGUUUAUUGCCACCAUGGUUCUGUACAUGUAAAUACGAAAUGAAAGAAUACGCUUGUGUUCAUGCCAUUGGUUUAAUGAUGUUUUGGGGUAUUCGAGCUAUACCACAACAAAUAGGGAAGCGUAAAGGACGAAGUCGACCGAAGAAAGUUAAAUUAGCGUUAUCGAAAGAUUGA